UUAGGUAGUGGGCGUGACUUGAGCAACCGUCUACUGCACUCACUGCAUGCUGUUCAUGUUGUGUUGACUGUUGUUGAUCAAGCCAGGAAGGGUCUGAAGGCUUCGAAUUGCUCCAUAUACAGGAUCUACCCUCUGUCUAAUAACUGUGUGAGAAUGAGUCACGUGGACCGUAACUACGACCACUUGUUCAAGGUGCUCCUCUGUGGGGACAGUGGUGUCGGGAAGACUUGCCUCAUCUCUCAAUUCACAGACAAUCAGAUUCGUCGCAGUCACAUCACAACCAUUGGUAUUGACUUCAAACUAAAGACGUUCACUGUCCAGGGGAAAAGAAUUCGACUUCAGAUUUGGGACACUGCAGGACAGGAGAGGUUUGAAACACUUACUGCACAGUACUACAGAAGAGCACAGGGCAUUCUAUUGGUGUAUGAUAUCACACAGGAUGCAACGUUUGGAAAUGUAACCAAGUGGCUUAGAAAUAUUGAAGAGAAUGCAGUGGAUGAUGUCAAGGUAACGCUGGUUGGUAACAAGUUAGACCUAGACCAACAGCAAGGACAGAGACAGGUCACCACCAGAAAAGGGGAGAAAUUGGCUAAACAGCACAAGUGCCAGUUCUUCGAGACUAGUGCGUGGUCAAACACUAAUAUCACAGAGGCAUUCACUGGGCUAACAGAACAGAUCCUCAAUAGUGCUGAGCAACGCAUAGGAUCAGAGCGAUCAGAGAGCAAACUGGUGCUCACUUCAUCCAUCAAGAGCUCUGUACAACAAGAGCCACACGGAAGUAGCUGGUGCUGUGGCUAGCCACCCCCUCAUGGAAUACUGGCACAUUGACUGUUACAUUUGUGUUUGUGUAUAGAUUGCACAUGACUGUGUUUAAAUUAUUUACCAAUGAUCAUUUUGUUUACCCUC